AUGCAGCAGCCAUUCCCCUCCGGUACGCUGCAUGUACCAAUAUUGAUGGCGUUAUGUGGACAGAAUCAUUGGCGGGAGUUUGGAUUUAGCCGGUUUCAUUCUUGCAUUGCAUUUCAGCUGGGAGCAGGUGGGAAGCGAGCGAUUGAAUUUAGCUACGACUGUAACAUUAUUUGCAUUGAACUGCCAAUCUACAUAGUAAUACUACACUUUAUGACGUUGUCUGCAUCACUACACUUUACACCUUUCUUCUACUACUAA